AUGGAGUCGGCGACGGCUGCAGCGGCGCCAACCGCCUGUGUCUACGUUCUAUCCGACGUCGAUGGCUACAAGUACAAGCUUGUCAUGCAGGGCGAUCUCCAGCUUCUCACUGUGCGCAAGGUGAAGCGCUAUCUCCAGCGAGCCGCAGGAAUCGAUCCUGCGCAGCAGCUGCUCACCUUCAACAGCGUGGCGCUCGACGACACGAUGAGUGGAAAAGAAGCCGGCUUCUUCGAUGGAGCCAUUCUGCGGCUGCAGCAGGUAUAUUCGUCCUCCGCAGCACUGGCACAAUGCAUCUCGGCAGACGGAUCAUCGCCUUUCCACAGCGCACACGGUGGACCGGGCUGUGCCAGCUCUUUCACUGCUCCCCCUCGUGGUGCACAGGACCCAGGCACUCGCACUUCCCCUCGAGGAAACGGUUCUUUUUUUGCUGAAGCAUCGCCACGGCUGUCCGCGCCGGCGACGAGAGGGGCUGUCGGGGCUUCGCAGCUAAUCAGCAGUCCUCACGCUUUACCACCGCUGCUGAGGUGCCUAUCACCGAACCAGUUGGCAGGUGGUGCCAAGCGAGAGGCGCACGAUGCCGUUUCGUGCACGAGGAGGGACGUGGUAGCCGGCAUGGCUUACUCCUCUCCGCCAGAACUUGCAGGCACUACUGGCACCACGGCCAGUACACCGCAAGUUAUUCCAGGGAGGACAUCAUCCGCCUCAAGCGCAGAUGGCGACGGCGUCCACGUGUACUACCGCGAGCUGGAAGAGAGAGUGGCGGCUCUUUCUCUCGACAACGUACGGCUGCGUGAGCAACUCCAAGCGGUGGCCCGGCAGGCGGCUGAGGCUUGCACGGAUGGCAGGCACGAGGAGGAGCUGAAACGACUGAAGGCGGCCGUUGCAGUGGCGCAAGAAAGCGUCAAGGACGCAGAGAGAGCUGCGGCAAAUCGGUGGCGCGUCAAGGAGGAGGAGCUCGUCAAGGAGCUGGACCUGCUGCGAGAGGAGCGACGCCGGUUUCACGAGGAAUCCACCGCGCAGGAGGCGAAGCUGCGGGAACUGGUGCACUCGAUGGAGGGCGAGAUUCGGGGCCUAAAGUACGAGCUUCACGACAAGGAUGAAGCACUACAGGCGGCCCGACUCUCGCUCGCCGAGUUGCGAAGCGAAAAACGUUCGUGGACGGACGCGGUGCGUCGCGGUGUCGACAUUUGCCCGCGUGGCGAAGCCAGCCACCCAUUCGCGCCAGCUGCAUCUCGCCACGCGCGAAUUCCGCUGCAGCAGCGCCAGCAUGGCUGCAGUGCCAACAUUGACGAGUUGGCGGAAACGGCCAUGGAGUAUCUGACGCAGGCCUUCGAGUCCGCCACGCCGCUGGAGCUUGAACCUGAGAACGACACCUGCGUCGUCCCCGUAGCCGACGAUUUGAAUGUGCUUGUCACGCUUGAUCGAGAAACAGAGCGACUGUACUUGUACGUGACGCUCCUCAACCACCUGCCUUCGUCUCCUACCCAACGGAUGCGGCUAUACGAGAUGCUGCUGGAGGGUGCGUUGCUCGGCAAAGACAUGGCUGGGGGCGGUGUCGGGGUGAGUCCUGAGUCGAACCUCGUGUUGAUGAGCGUCUCAGCCAAUCUACGUCAUAGCGGCGCAUCUGCGCUGGCAGCCACGGCGGCACCGUUUGUGAUAGCGGCUCAGGCCUGGACAAAGAGCAUUGACGUAUUGCUCAACACCUGA